GGUUUCGUUCAUUCUUCAAACCUAGGGCGUGCGCCUAUAUGGAGGAUUUAAGCGACGAACUCCUACUCUUAAUUUUUCUGCAUCUGGGGAUUGCAGACUUGUUUCGUGCGCAAUAUGUUUGCAAGAAAUGGCACACCUUAAUUCUAGCCAAUUUGGAACAAUAUUUACAAGCUUAUGGUCCAUGGGUGCUCAUGGCUAACACUGAAGGUUCUGAGGCCAUUGUUUGGUUCCCUUUAUUUGGGAGCCAAGAAAAAGUCUCUAGUAAUGAUCUCCACUUGAGCAAAUUCUCUAGCAUUGUGGCUUCUUACAAGGGCCUAGUGUGCAAUCGACUCUACCAUGAAGUUGAGACACUUCUAGCUCUCGUGGUUGGGAACCCCAUUACAAACGAAUGGAAACAGCUUCCAAUUGUGAUGGCAAGAUCCAAUGAUCCCAGUUCUGACUGUAAGUUUUCAAGCGACGCAUUCGAGGUGGAAAUACAGGUGGACAGUGAUGGCCACUACAGGGUUCUAGCUAUUCCAGAUACUGGCAUAAUUGCAUUCUGGGAUGAUGCACUAGAAUAUGACUCAAGAACAGAUUGUUGGGACCGUUUGUUCCCAAAGGAGGGCCCCCAGGCAGAAAGAUGGCAGAGGUUUCUAUCACUGGGGCACACAUUUCAUACAACAUGGUAUUUAUUGCUAGAGGUGAUGCAUGGGUGCCGCUAUUGGAGAUUUUUGCUGCCACCAAUAGGUGGAGUAGAUCCAGACAUGCCUUGGGCAACAUCAGAUCCCCUGUCACCAGUUGAGUUUUACUAUUGGGCUGGCAAAGUUUUGAAAAACUGCUGUGGUAGCAGUGAUAUGGAUUAUGUUCUGUGGGUUGCUACAAAGCGGAAACGGCAGGAACCUAAACUAGUUAUGGGAUUUGUCAUCUACAAGCUCUACCUUGACAAGCUGGACAAUGCAGAGAUUGCAAAUGCAAUGGUCUCUUAUAAAUCUGAAGAAGCAUGGGAGUUUGUAACUGAAGUGGAUGUCAAGCAUCUGUAUGGAGAAGGCUGGGAUAGCCAAGGUGAAAUGUCUAGAGAUUGCCCUGAUCCUGGCUUUCGUUACUACUGGAUUGGGGAUUUGGUUUGCAUCAUAAGGAUUUCUAAGAAUUGGUUGCCAGUUGCAUUUAAUUUGGCUACAUGGGAAUGGAUCAAGCCAAAUGUGGACAACUCAGAAAAUUUUAAAGGAAUCUCUGUGUUUAUGCCAUCCAGAAUAUUACAGGUUGGUGAAGCAACAUCCUCUCAAUCAAGUUAUUAUAUUUAUAAUGAUCUUGAGGAAGAUUAUCAACACCAAUCUAAAAUUCAUGCUUCACCAAACUAUAUAAAAUAAUUCAUGUUUUUCUUACUGCAUAGAACGUUUUCCAGAGUCAGUCCUUACUCUCAAAUUUCA